AUGGAAUACAACAGCAAAUAUAAUGAGGCGGUGCAGGACGAGCGCAUCUUGCAGGCAGCCGCGCUUCCCCUCGCCAACAUGCCGUCUUGCAUGAACCUCUUCGACAAGUGGGCGACCUGCUUUGCCCUCGGCCCUCAAGCUCGAGCGCUCUACCGCUAUGGCACUUUUCAAGACUGCAAGGACAAGCUGGACGACUUCAAGUUCUGCCUUACCCUUAAAGGCAUGUCGAACGAAGAGCGGCGGCAGGUGUGGAUCGAGCGCCGCGCAGAGCAAAGCGCGGCCAAGCGCCUGCAGUCAAGCAGCGAGGACGUGUGGGACCUGAGACGCUCACCCCUCGUCGACCCCGCAUAUGCGGAGGCUGCAUAA